GAUGACCAGAAAUUUGAAUGUUCACGAACAUCUUAUUUAGUAGAAAUAGGAGCGAUGAAAACUUUGAUUCUACAUCUUUCCAAAGCUUUUUCGCUUAUGUUACACACACUGGUGCCACUGCUUAAUACUUUUAAAGAAUUGGGCCAUAAUGGCAUUUCCUGAAUCGAUGAUUUAACUUGGUGUAUCAACAAAGAAAUUUUGUUUCUCCUAUGUAGCGAAAAUUUACAUGUGAACUGCAAUUUCCAUAUCUCGUCAGCUCUAAAUAUUUUCAGUACACGAGUUCACUUUAUACUAGUAGAAAUCGUGGUCUUGAUAUUUCCAUAAUGUUUAUUGUCCAAUUCAAAUACAAUUCCUUCCGAGGCUUCGUUAGUAGGUCCGGUCACAUACUAAUUGCAUCAAUAUCAAUUGUUCCAUUGUUUAAUCUAAAAUAUUGACGAGUGUCGUUCGACCAUUUUGUGUAAAAUUUGUGUUCACUGUUUACUCGCUUUGAAAUCCUUGUGUAACUUUUCGGAAUGGAAAUUGUUCGUGAAAAUAGCGACGAUCAACAGCAGCAAAAUGAUGCGGAGAAUGAGGAAACAAGCGAUGCUGAACAGAACGAGGAUGAUUUUACUUACGAAGACGAGGAAGCCACAAAAAAGAGAAGUCCCUUGUGGCAGCAUUUUUCUGUGGUUAUCGACCAAUAUGGAAAACGAUUCGCUAAAUGCAAUCAUUGUGCCAAGCUCCGGAAAUAUCUGAUCUCCGGCAAGAGUAACGGAGGCACUGGAAAUAUGGGACGGCACCUGAGAAAUAAACAUCCUAGCAUAGUUUUGGUAGAAACUCUGAAUGAGGAAGGGCCUUUCGUGUUCUCCCAACAAAAAUUUCGCAAAGCGCUCAUGAAGUGGGUGGUAAUUUGUGACCAGCCCUCCACUGCAGCCGGGGAGCCUGCUUUCAUUGAAUUGGUUGAUUCAUUGGACCCAGACGCCCAUAUCAUAUCCGACAAGACCAUCAAAGCUGACGAAUUAGCUGAAUAUCUGCUGAAAUUCGACGAAUUGAAAAAGUCAUUAGUCAGGUUCCGGGAAAGAUAUCCAUGACCAUGGAUGGUUGGACGUCGAAGAAUUC